CUAUAUCGAAAGAGGGAAAGGGACCCAAACCCAUGUAACAAUAGAACAACGACCAACACCUAAUGACUUCUCUCUCUAUCUCUCUCACAAUGUCGUCGACUUCAACGGCAAUGGCAUCCCGGCGUAUCCGGCAGCUGCAAUCCCUGCCGGAAAACGGGACAUGCGUUGAUUGCUCGCAGAAGAACCCACAGUGGGCGUCGGUGUCCUAUGGAAUCUUUAUGUGCCUGGACUGUUCUGGUAAGCACCGGGGCCUGGGCGUUCACCUGAGCUUUGUCCGUUCCGUGACUAUGGACUCGUGGUCCGAGCUCCAGCUGAAGAAGAUGGAAUCGAACCCAGGUGGCAACCAAGCCCUCAACGCCUUCCUCAGUGCCCGUGGCAUCCUCAAGGAGACCGACAUUCCCUUGAAAUACGGCUCCAAUGCCGCCGCUCUCUUCCGCGACAGGAUCCAAACCCUCGCCAACGAUCGCCCAUGGCAGGAGCCCCCUGUCGUCCCAGAACCCAUCGACUCCCCCGCAACCUCCUCCAAGCCAACCAAGCAUCUUAAUGAUUCCGUCUCCGACUGGCAUUGGUCUGGGUGGGACGACUGUGGCAGCCGCGCUAACGAUAAUACUAAUAAUCUUCAGAAUAGUAUGCGGAGGAAUCAAUCCGUUGGGAAUUUCAAUUCCAGGACGAACACGAAUGUAGGUACUGGAGGAGGGGAGAACGGUCCGAGCCGGUCCUGGUCUAUGGAGAAUAUCAAUGGGAAAGUGCAGGCUUCGGCGGCGAACAAAGAGAGCUUUUUCGCUAGGAAGAUUGCGGAGAAUGAGGGGAGACCAGUGGGCAUUCCGCCUUCUCAAGGAGGAAAAUACGUUGGGUUUGGAUCAACUGGGACUGGGACACGACCAAUCUCAAGGACCAGUUCCCAUGGGGAUACGUUUGCGGAUACUGUUUCAGCGGUUUCGCAGGGCUUUGGUCAAUUGUCUUUGGUUGCAUCGUGUGCUGUACAGUCUGCAGCCAGUGCAGUCCAAGCAAGCACCAAGGAGCUUACUUCAAAGGUGAGAGAAAGUGGGUAUGGAUAUGAUGACACUGUGAAUGUGGUGGCUCUAAGGACCACAGAAUUUGGACAGAAGACUUGGGGAAUUAUGAAAGAUGUAAUGACCAUGGCAUCUCAAAAGAUGGAGGAAUAUGCGGGAGAUGAAAUCCAGAGAAAAGCAGAACAGUAUGACCCCUUAGAAGUGAAUUGGACCACCAAUGGUAAUGCCAAACAUGAUCAUGGUGACACUAAAGGUGCUGAGGGAUCUUUUAAAGGAUGGGAUGACUGGGGAUCGGACAGUCCAGUAUCAACUGUUGGCAAAAGAGAUGCUGAAGAUUUGUCCAAGAAAGGCCAGAGUGAUGAAGUUUGGGUUGGAUGGGACUGAGGGAGGAACGAUCCAUGUUUUUAGGGAUUGUUUUGGGACAGAAGGGGAUUGGGGAGGAGUCUUUCUUGAAGAGGAACCAAGAACAUUUUUAGUCAUUGCCUACCUUUCUUGUUGCUGAUGCUGCUCCAUUUAGAAAGGUAGGAUUACUGAUACUUGAAGAAACUCAGAACUCUGUCCCUUAGAAUAAGAUGGUUUCAGAAGUGGAAGCACCCCAUUGUUACUUACACAUCUUGUAAAUUGAACAAGUUGCAUAGUUCUACCCACUCUUUCAUUUCUUUCUCAAUUUUGUAUAUUUUUUCAUUCAUUUUUAAUGCGGUGUAAAUAUUCAUAUCAUACUUUUUAUAUUGUCCUCUAAUAUAAGUCAUUUUCUCUGAGGUGUGGAAGAACUCAGGCCAAAACUGAUAUCAUCUUGAUCCAGGUAAAGUGUGCAAUAGGUUCUGUUGAUUGAGAUAGAAAUACAUGUUUGUGUUGUAUAUCAUAUUUUUUAUGUAUGACCUUAAUGUAACAGAGAAAUAAUGAAAUUUAAGUAUAAUGGCAGAAAUAGAGUUUUUGCAGCUUAGACUAUGCGGGUUUAUAGUUUCAAUAGUUUUUCGUCUGUGGUUUGUAUCUUUUCACCAUGCAGUAGUGUGGUAUGAGAAAGAAAAUCACUUAUGUCUUUCACCAAACCAUUUGCAAGAACUGCGAAACUGCAACUGUGAAGAAUAGGUGAGGAGACUCAUUUGGAAGGCUAAAAGAAUUGUCCAUAUUUGACUGGGAGAAGGGACACCGGAUUUUAAAGUCUUGCAGUCUUACUGGUUUAAUAAAAUUGGGAAGGACACUGCCGGAAAAAAAGAACAAAAGAUUCCCACACCGCCAGCUUUCGUUUGAUCCACGGGAAAGCCUUCAGUCAAUUCCCCCGAUGAGAUCGUUGUCAAAGUGGGUACUCCCAAAACAUGGGCUGCAUGCAUAGUAUGACACUCCUUGUCUUCCUACAAUUAGGUUAGAUGUUUGUCUGGAAUGACAGUGGAUUACCAAAGAAGAUUGUCUAGCAUGCGGCAUAAAGAUCGGAAUUUAUUAUUUAUCUGUAGCUGAUGUGCUACCACACUUCAUCAACCUCGUCACUCUAUCUCAUGUGAAGGAAAAGCUCUUUGUAUCGUUGUCUUAUGUUUACUGGGUUUUCGGCUUUUUUACUAGGGUUAUUAAUUUUUUCUCCAUUCCUUAUC